AUUUUAUUGCCGGAGAUGACAAACCACAGACUUCAACUUUGAUUUUUCCUCUGGAGCAGACUUAUCAAAAUUAGAUUUAUCCGCGUUUUAAAUGCUGGUAGAUUUGGUUGUGUUUUUUGCGUGUGUCAGUUCAUUUUAAACCGGACUAACCAUGUGGUUGAUGGACGCGUAAUACUAUGGGCUUUCACUGCGGGGUUUUUUCUCCAAAUCGCUUUGUAAACUUAAGUUGUUUUCCCCAAACACUUUGGAUGUGCUCAUUUUUUUCAUUCACAAAAUAGUUUUACAAAGUUUAUUUCAUCCUUACAGGCGAUUUUGGGUGAAAUAUCUUUGCUUUCCUAUUUAUUAAGGGCUUCGUCUUUUCCAUCUCAUCCAGGAUGCUGGCUGUAGUUUUUGGACUUUUAUGUCUGGUUGGCGGACGCACAGUGGGAAGCCAAGAUGUAACAGGUAGCCGGUUUGUAUGUAACGCCAUCCCCCCCGGCGCAGAGCCCGGCUGCGGGUACGGCCCCACGGGGAACCGCGUUCAGAGCAGCAGCCCCGUGGAGGAUGAGCUGCGCAACACCAUCAUCCAGCUUCGGGAGACUAUCCUGCAACAGAAGGAGACUAUCGUGAGCCAACAGGGAACCAUUAAAGAGCUCAAUUCUAAGCUGGCGCGCUGCGAGGCGGCAGCCGAUGAGAUGGCGCAGGGUAAGUCCCGGGGUCAGGGCUCCAGACGCAAGGAGUAUGGGAAGAACACCAUGGGGGACCUGCCCCGGGACCCCAGUGAGACCAUAGACCAACUGGGCAAAACCAUGCAGACCCUGAAGGGUCGGCUGGAGAAUUUAGAGCAGCAAAGCCUGCGCCUCCCCAGCACAAACUCUUCAGCUGGAGGAGCCGCGGCCCUGACUCCCCUGCCACCGGAGCUCCGCGAGCUGCUGCGCCAGCGUCUGGGGGCGCUGGAAACCCAGCUCCUCCGGAAGGUGGCUGAGCUGGAGGAGGAGAAGAGCCAGCUCUACAAUGAAACUGCGGCCCACCGCCAACGCACCGAAAGCGCUCUCAACUCCCUCAUGGAAAGGAUCAUGGAGCUUGAGAAAAGUAACAAUGCAUUUAAGUCUCCAGAGGACUUCAAGGUGUCCCUCCCUCUUCGUACCAACUAUCUGUACGGACGCAUCAAGAAGAGCCUCCCGGAGAUGUACGCCUUCACUGUUUGCAUGUGGCUCAAGUCAAGCGCCAGUCCAGGCAUAGGAACCCCUUUCUCCUACGGCGUGCCCGGCCAGGCGAAUGAGAUAGUUCUCAUUGAAUGGGGCAACAACCCGAUUGAGUUACUGGUCAAUGACAAGGUGGCCCAGCUCCCUCUUUCAGUGAGCGAUGGGCGCUGGCACCACAUCUGCAUCACCUGGACGACUAGAGACGGCUUCUGGGAGGCCUAUCAGGACGGCGAGCGUCUUGGCACUGGAGACAACCUGGCCCCAUGGCACCCAAUUAAACCUGGAGGGGUGAUCAUCCUGGGCCAGGAACAGGACAUCGUGGGAGGGCGUUUUGAUGCUACCCAAGCCUUUGUUGGCGAACUGAGCCAGUUCAACAUGUGGGACAGAGUACUACGGCCUGUGGACAUCAUGGGUUUGGCUAACUGUUCGGCCUACAUGCCCGGGAACGUGGUUCCUUGGAUUGAUGCCAAUGUAGAAGUGUUCGGCGGAGCAAGUAAAGCUGCUCUCGAAAUCUGCGAAGACCGUGCUUUUGAUUCCUAAGGAACGUCACUUAGGGAGUCCUGCAUGGCAACAGGGAUCUGAAAGCCGGGUAUUCAGAUUUUUGUCAAACCCUGUGGACAAGGGUAGCAUUGGACUAUCCACCAUGGCCUCUUAGGCUUGGUGUUCAUUGGAUUUAAAAGAUCACGUGUCUAUCAAGUUUGAACCCUGAAGACUUCACAAAAGAAUUCAAAUUGGUUCUCUCUGCAGAAGAAGACACUGAAUGCUGUUUGAUCUGUCUGCUGCGAAGCGAUGACCUGCUGUUGUCUUGUUUUUCUCUCUUCAUUCACAAGCUUACUUGUCAUUUGACAACUCUUUGAGAAUAUCUCACAGUGGUUCUAUUCCUUUUUUUGACAACACUGCACUGUUUUCCUUGUUGAAUGUGAGCUCAAACAAGCUUUGAUGUGCUGCAGAAAACUGUGGUUGAGCACCACAUGCGCUGAGCUUUUUUGGCUGUUUGAAGAGCAAUGAGACGCUGAAGUAAAUACCUAAAAUGAGGUGGACACCUAUGAGUUUGAACCCCACUAUUGUCCAAAGUAAUACGCAUGAGUCUGAGCAGUGCAUGCUUUCUGUCAACAUGCACAGUGAGUAUGCUGCGUCAAAACAGGCCAAUACAGCUUGCUGCCAACAUUAUGUAAGACCGUGUGUGUGUGUGUGUACGUUCCAGUGCUUAUGGCUUGUCUUGCGUGUAAAACAGACCAGGGGCUUAUGAUGGAGAGAGGGAGGACAUUUUCAUUCUUGCAAAUCUAUACUUAAUACCUCAUUGCCCUUUGAGCAGCUGCCAUGCUCCCAAACUGCUUUCUGAACUGGCUGGCUCUGCCCAGGUUAACAGCGACAUCGGACAGCUGCCCAGUCAUGGCUAAACGACAGAGCUGUGGAUGCCAGCUGAGCACUAGGCUAGGACAGGGCUUGGUCUGACCCUCUAGGAUAAUCCCAAACUCCUCAUGAUUGUUGUAAUUAUACAUGUUUAUGAAUGAAUGCGGCAUUGAGUAACCCUGGUCUCCUGGUGUUUCUGUGUGUCAAUAAUGCUAAACCUCUGAAAUGUACAGACAAGUCAGAUUAGAGCAGCACUCAACAGACAUUAUGAAUGUUAUUGUAAUGUUAUUAAAUGGGGCUUGGUCCCAAAUGUCUCACUCCGGAUAGGUAAAAAAAGUUGAUUAUUUAUAUAUAAACUAGGGAAUGUGUUGCAAUUAAUAAUGAAUAAAAACUUUAAGCUGGUUUUGCAGCUUAAAUACCCUUUUUUUCUGUUCUCCAAUGAACCAGAAGUGACAUUACAAAAAAAAAAAAAAAAAAAUAGAGUUGCUUCGGAAAAGUUUUUCAAUUUGCAGUUGUCUUUGAGGUCUGAAUCUGCGAUCCUCAAUUUUUUAAAUCCUGAUUAUUAUUAUUAUUGGAAUGCAUGAUUAUUCUGAUGACUUUAACACAGAGAAGUGAGAAAAUGUAUGUGCUUCAGUUUUUUUAAUCAAGGUUGUAUUUGUGUAUCAAAUAGAAAAUUAAGGAUUUCCUGCACUCCAAUUUGUGCAGCAAAGAAUUUGUGACUAGAAUUAUUGAUUUUAUUAAGUUCAAAAAUCUAUAUUGGGUAACUAGCUUUUGUUUUAUGUGUUAUGAAUCAUAAAUACUUUGUAUUUAGUUUUGAUGCAUUCAACUGAUGUUACAGUGCACAUUUUAUAUAAAUAGGCAAACAAAAAUCUGUUUUUCAACUGCUAAACACCAAUCACUAAAAAAACAACAACACUCAUUUCUAAUCUCUGGCCAAUUAAUAAGAACAUUUCUACAUGAAACCUAAUUAUUUUCCCUUCUAGUGAAACUCACGGUUAAAUAUUAACAUAAAAGCAUUUGUCGGUAAUGAUGCAGUAGCUAACUGGACAGCACCGAAUGUUGAAAAGUGAAUAACUGAAAUCUGACAUUAGGAUUCAACACAUUGUGAACACUACUCUUGAAUGUCUGUUGGUUAUGUUUUACUGUGAAACAAAGACAUUUCUUUUCUGAUGAAAAUGUAUUCAUUUUGUUGUUAAAUCUGAAGACAAUUUAUUAGCGGUAAAUAAUGUAAAGCAGCAAAAAUGCUACAAAUGCUCUGUUUGACUGGUGAAUGGCCUUUUGUGAGAACCAUAUGUGCUUUUUUUGCGAGUGGACAUGUCAGACUUUCUGUCAGCUUUUGUAGCACACUUUCCUGACAGCGCAGAAAUACUCAGAAUGUGUUUGUCUUCUGCAAACCUUAUCCACGUGAAGUUCUGCAACUGUCUGUCAUGAAAACUAAUGUAUUUUUGCACCCAAUAAAAGAAUCAGCAAGUUCAAGAGAA